GUCUCUCGUCCGAUUGAAUUAAGUGCGUGUUCAUUUUACCCGCGCACGAAAUGUCCACGAUGGGCAGCCCUCUGUGCACCGCGGUACUUUUAGCUUUUCUGGUCUUUUCUUUAAGACUUUUUGUGAACAGUUGGCACAGAGUUCAUAAAGGAAUGUUUGCCAAUGGAACUAUUGAGGAUGAUUUUGUUAUGGAGCGUAACGGAUUAGUUCAUGAACUCAACGAAAAACGCAAGGAAAUCCUUUCUUUCCUCAUCUCUUCUGGGGUAAAGAGGUUAUUGGAUGAAUCGGGACACUUUGGGCAGCACCAAUCAUUUGAAAGUAACCAUUUGGAUAUUAGUUUGGAUAAUGAGAGUGAAGUUUCCAGUGGAUCUAUUAGAAUAAAUAAGGAUCAUAUUGGCUGUGAUCAGCUUGUUGAUAUGAAAGCUGUGGAUAUCCUUGGCUCGGGCUAUACCAAAAUAGUGCUUGAAGUUGUGCUAUCGGAGGGACAGUCUGUGGCAUUGAAAACCGUGUACGAUCAAGGAACUGACAUGGCGAGAUGUCUCGAGGAUUUUAAAGACCCCUUGGGCUGUCACGAGCUCGUGUCUUUUAAACUGAAAAAAGAAAUAGUUUUAUUGCAAAGACUGCAACAUCCAAAUAUCAUAAAGCUCCGAGGUCACUGCGAGGACAGUGUGGGGGCAGGAGGCAUCACAGCCAUCCUGGAGCAGGGCUUGCCACUACAGAUGAUCCAGCUCCUACAGAGCCCCUGGGAGGAACGCUUUCGGGUUUGUUUGGGCCUGGUGAGGCUCCUCCACUACCUCUCCCACUCCCCUCUGGGCUCUGUGGCUCUGUUGGACUUCCAGCCCCGUCAGUUUGUCAUGGUAUCUGGGGAGCUGAAGCUCACAGACCUGGAUGACGCCAGCGUGACGGAGCCCGCCUGUCAGGUGGACCAGGACUGCGUCUUACAGUUCCCCCUCCGCAACUUCAGCCUGCCCUGCACGGACCAGGGAGUGUGUGAGGGCCUCAACGAGAUGAGGAAUCGUUACAACGCCUACAGGUAUUUUUUCACCUACCUGCUGCCUCACCAAGCCCCGCCUGCUCUGAGACAUCUGGUGGAUCACAUCAUGAACUCAACGGGAGAGCUGAAAGGUGAUGUGAAUGACACUCUGGAAGCCUUUGAAGACAUGUUCCAUCUGUACAAAUCCGGCCUGCACCUGGACAACAUGCCUCCGUCAAUAAUCAGAGAUUAUGCAGUCAUGAAAGGUAUGAGCACCUCUGGAAAUAUGGAAUACAGAUGCUGGCCCUCGUACAACCACCAAGGCUGCGUGCUGUCGGUGCACAACGCCAAGGAGGCGGCCUUCAUCUGUAACUCCCUUCCUCAGUGCACUAGCUUCAGCCUGAGCGACCAGAGGACUUGGACAGGACGGCUCCUCGCCUCGUUCCAAAGUGGUUUCAGACAUCUGGUUCCAGAUGGGAACUCGGAGGUGUAUUUGAAAAAGACCAAAGCAUCACCAGGAACUACGGUGUAGGGAGUGGGACAACAGGAGUUGGGAAUGCGGGGAGGGUGUUUUUGAAGCGAAUGAAUGAAUGUGAUAUAUUUAUAGGGCUUUUGUUCAUUGGCUCGUUUGAUCUGGCUGCCAAUCCUGCGUGCUGCCAAUAACUAUUUAAUGGGAUGCGCCAUGAAACUUUGUGGCUUGGCGUAGGGAUACAGGUUUGUGCAUCGAGGGCUGCACAUGGUAACAAGCAUAUAAGUGCUUACAGCAGUCAGCCUAGAUGAUUACAACCAUUCCAGUCCCCAGUAGUUGUCUUUGAUUUUGCCAUAUUUGAUGUUAAAUAUAGUUAUCAUUACAUUGUUUGUGUAUAAUAUGUGCACCUUGUGGGUGUGAACCUGUUUAACUUUUUCAAUGAAAGAGAUUCUGUUCAAUGACAGUUCAUUCUGUACUUGAUGUUCUGUACUUUGUUAUUAUGGUUGUUUUAUAUUAUAAAUACUUUAAUAUA